UACGCCUGUCACGCCGCAGUUUCCCGACUCUAUAGGUCAAACUACAGCAGCAGAAAUGAUCCGAUCAGUAACUUUACUCAAACACUCUUUGAAUCUCUCUCAACGGGCCAAUGCCAGGCUGUUUUCAUCCAACAGAGGGAUAAGAAACAGAAUAGUACCCGCGACGUUCAGUGGAGUUGAUACUAAUGGCAGGCAUCAGUUGUAUCACAUCAGACCCACCAGAGUCUGUAGCUCGACCUUUACUGGUGCCAGCGUGGCUCAUCGCAGUUACAGUACCCAACAGGCGGAGACUGUAGAGGAGGAGACCCUCCACAGCAUCAUCAACGACACCGAGAACGUUCAAGGAUCCUUCUCCAAACACGAGUUCCAAGCGGAGACGAAGAAACUGCUUGAUAUUGUGGCCAGAUCGCUGUACUCGGAGAAAGAGGUGUUCAUCAGGGAGCUCAUCUCGAACGGCAGUGACGCUCUGGAGAAGCUACGGCACAAGCUGAUGACCGCAGGUGGAGAAACGGCACCGAUGGAGAUUCAUCUUCAGACUGAUGCAGCCAAAGGCACCUUCACCAUUCAGGAUACAGGUGUUGGGAUGAACAAAGAGGAGCUGGUUGCUAAUCUGGGUACCAUCGCUCGAUCCGGCUCUAAGGCGUUUCUGGAUGCUCUUCAGAAUCAAGCAGAGGCCAGCAGCUCCAUCAUUGGGCAGUUUGGUGUGGGCUUCUACUCCGCCUUCAUGGUGGCUGAUAAAGUGGAUGUUUAUUCUCAGUCUGCUGAACCAGGAGCUCCUGGAUACAAGUGGUCCUCAGACGGUUCUGGAUUGUUUGAGAUCGCAGAAGCUACCGGAGUUCGUCAGGGGGCGAAGAUCGUGCUCCACCUCAAGGACGACUGCAAAGAGUUUUCCUCUGAAGACCGCGUCAAAGAGGUUGUGACUAAAUACAGCAACUUCGUCAGUUUUCCCAUUUUUCUGAACGGACGAAGACUAAACACCCUACAGGCUCUGUGGAUGAUGGAUCCGAAAGACAUCAGCGAGUGGCAGCACGAGGAGUUUUAUCGUUACGUGGCUCAAGCUCACGAUAAACCACGCUACACGCUGCACUACCGCGCAGAUGCUCCGCUCAAUAUCCGCAGCAUCUUCUAUGUGCCAGAGAUGAAGCCCUCUAUGUUUGACGUGAGUCGUGAGAUGGGAUCCAGUGUUGCUCUGUACAGCAGGAAGGUUCUGAUCCAAACCAAGUCCGCAGACAUCCUGCCCAAGUGGCUGCGCUUCCUGAGAGGUGUUGUUGACAGUGAAGAUAUUCCUUUAAACCUCAGCAGAGAACUGCUGCAGGAAAGUGCCCUGAUCAGGAAACUGAGGGACGUCUUACAGCAGCGUGUCAUUCGGUACUUGCUGGACCAGGGUAAGAAAGAUCCAGAAAAAUACGCUCGCUUCUUUGACGACUACGGGCUGUUUAUGCGCGAGGGCAUCGUGACCACCGCGGAGCAGAGCGUCAAGGAGGACAUUGCCAAGCUGUUGCGUUUCGAGUCGUCAGCACUUCCUGUGGGUCAGCAGACCAGUCUGAUGGACUACGCCUCUCGUAUGAAGGCGGGAACCAGGAACAUUUACUAUCUGUGUGCACCGAACCGCCACCUGGCCGAACACUCGCCGUACUUUGAGGCCAUGAAGCAGAAAGAUAUGGAGGUUCUGUUCUGCUUCGAGCAGUUCGAUGAACUCACACUGCUUCACCUCAGAGAGUUCGACAAGAAGAAACUCAUUUCAGCCGAGACGGACAUCGUUGUAGAUCAUUACAAAGAGGAGAAAUUCCAAGAUGCAAAACCAGCAUCAGAGCGGUUGACUGAACAGCAGGCAGAAGAUCUGCUGGCCUGGAUGAAGAACUCACUCGGACAGAGAGUCGCCAACAUCAAGGUGACCCCACGUCUGGACACGCAUCCGGCCAUGAUCACCGUGCUAGAGAUGGGAGCCGCUCGACACAUCCUGCGCACACAGCAGCUCGCCCGCAGCUCAGAGGAGAGAGCACAGUUACUGCAGCCCACACUGGAGAUCAACACCGGACAUGACCUCAUCAAGAAGCUUCACGCACUGAAGGACUCGAACCCUGAGCUCUCACAGAUGCUGCUCGACCAGAUUUACGAUAACGCCAUGAUCACCGCCGGCCUCAACGAAGACCCUCGUCCGAUGAUCUCCCGUCUGAACCAGCUUCUUACUCAAGCGCUGGAGAAACACUGAACUCGCCCCACUGGACUCUAUUAUUGCCAUCGUUAGACUGUGCUGUGUGUGGAGGCGUUCACUCACCAUUGCUGCAGAUGCCACUGUUGAUCUGUUUGUAUGAAGACUUGAGAAUCUGUGUGCAGGUGUGACUUAAGUCGCUCUUCACCGCUGAUAAGAGACACUUGUUUGCCAUUUCUUCAUCUGUGGUCAAUCUGUAUGCGACUCUGGACAGGGAUUAGAGAGAAAUUCGGCCGUUUGUGACACCUGAACCAGUGUUAUUAUAGUUAACGAAAACUAAAAAAAAUUCUGUCUUUUGUUCCCCCGUUGCUUUUCUAACCAGUGGUCAUGAAAUGAGCUCUGCCGCACAUCCCAAAGUAAAAUCAUCAGUUGAAAACCUCAAAAAGAUAAAGGGAUGGUUGAACAGUCUUUUUGUCAUUUACUCACCCUGUGAUGCCACUCCAUAUGUGUGACUUUCCUUCUUCUGCAAACACAAAUAAAGAUGUUUAGAAGAAUAUCUCAGCUCUGUAGGUCCAUACAAUGUAAGUCAAUGGGGUCCAAAACUUUAAAGCAGCAUAAAAGUACUCUAAGUGGUUUAAUGUCUUCUAAAGUGAUCUAAUAUGUUUUGGGUGAGAACAGACCAAAAUGUAACACAUGUUGAAAUUGCAAUCUACAGGAACAAUCGUGAUUUCAAGCGCGAUUACACUUACUGGUGGAGUUCGCCGAGUGCUAAACGAUGCUGGGAAAUAUAAUCAUGAUUGCCAAAGAGAUGGCUGAUGUCAAGAUUAACUGUAAAAUGACUUGUAUUGAUCUGUUUUUCACCCACACCUAUCAUGUCACUUCUGAAGACUUGGAUUAAACCACUAGAGUCGUGUGGAGUACUUUUAUGCUGCCUUUAUGUGCUUUUUGGAGCUUCAAAGUUCUGGUCACCAUUGAGUUGCAUUGUACAGACCUACAGAGCUGAAAUAUUCUUUUAAAAAUCCUCAUUUGUGUUCAGUAGAAGGAAAGUCAAACACAUCUGGGAUGGCACAAGGGUGAGGAAAUGAGAGAAUUUUCUUAUUUAGGGGAACAUCCCAAAGUUUAGCUUAGUAAGGAUUUAUAAUAAUUUAAGGCACUUCAUAUGGAUACAGUUUGGAUCAAGCUUAAAUGUCCUUUGAUAAUAAUAUAUGGCACUAUAAUAACACUGGCCUGAACUUGCCAGAAACUGAGAAUUGCUUUGAAGAUCCCAUUAUUUAGCGAGACGAAAGAUGAUGUCAGUGAAAUGUCCCCUGAAUUGUCACAUCUUUGUUCAUAUUUCUUGUACCAUUAAUUGACUUUGAAAUCAACGGUUCAUCAUUUACAAUUUGAAGUGCACUGAGAAACCGCUUUUCUUAACAUUUGGUGUAAAUUCAGAUUGGAGUCAUAAGUCUCGGAUAAACAUGAAAACAUUUUUGACGUCCUGUAUUCUGAUAUCUUAUUGUUUAUUUCAUGCAUUAUCUGAUGUACUUGGAUUAGCUCUUAACUGUUUGUUCUGUGCUUUGUACGAAAGUGAGUUUUGUUAGAUAAUCCAUCUUAAAUAAAUGUAUCCAACCAGUGAAAUAAAAUGAAAUGUGU